AUGAACUCCAGGCUGGAGGUGUGGACGUCGCGUCUGUCGGAUAUGCUGCGCCUUCUGGAGAAGGACGGCCCUGUCACUGCCUCGGACCUCCCGAAGGUCAUCCAGGACGCCCUCAUGAACCUCGCAUCUCUGGAGGAGAUACGCGACCUCCAGGCGCACCUCAUAGCUGCGCUGGAGAAUGCAGGGGUUAUGCUUGAUGGCGGUGAGGAGCCACUGGAUUUUGAUCUGGACUCCCAGGCGUUCGACUGGAAGGCAUGGAAGGAAGGGACGGAGGACCUCGCAAAGGUGAGUGAGGAGGAGCUAUGGGCUCACCUCGGGUUCGGGGAGAAGAAGCAGCUGCCGCUCUUUCAAGAGUGGUAUGAUCCGUCGGGGAUGAUUGAGCCGUGGUCGGAGGAGGGUGUGGCCUGGCUCGAGAAUCCCCAGUCGGGGCGUGCGCGGCUGCAGCCGAAGUGGCACCAGCUGGUGGGCAUCUUCAGGAUGCUCCAGCAUCUCUUUGAAGGCCGCGCGGUGCUGCUGAUGGACGGUGUAGGGCUGGGGAAGACUUUGCAGUCUGUCGGAGUGCUGGCGUGCCUGGUAUACUACCGGGAGCAUUAUCGGCAGAAGAAUGAUUAUCCUGGGUGGUUCAAAGGUCGACGGUUCCAGAGUCACUUGUCGGGUAUGAUUCCCGACCUACCCAGCAUUAUCGUCUGCCCGCCGAAUCUCCAGGCACAGUGGACGCGGGAGAUGCACGCAUUCCUGAGGCGUCGCAGCUUUGACAUCCUGCCACUGGUCGGGAAGCAUGCCUCUCGACGCAACUGGGACGACGCGGUGUUCGAGAAGAGCAAGCAGGCCCCUACCAUGAAAGUGGUCUUGACUGGGACACAGGUCCUCGCGGACGACGGCAAGAUGCUCUUCGAGGCGGUGGAGAAGAGGGGGGAGGCGAACCCCUCCGUGGCAUUCAGCCGCUACCGCAAGGGCACGGCAUACGGGCAGGACUACCUGCUCCUAAUACUGGACGAGGCUCACGCCGCGCGGAAGCCCAACCAGCUCCACGUUGCGGUUCGUGGACUUCGGGAUCGCGUCUCGGCCAUGGUCGCAAUGACUGCCACGCCAGUCACCACCAAGCCCGAG